AUGGAAACAAUCAACGUGCCAAGUAGACAACAAAUCUUUCACAUGUUUCACUUGAGAGAAGAAAUAACUUUGUUUAAAUUUGCUGAAACAUACAACACUGGAACCUACACUUAUCAUUUGUUCGAUGACAAUAUUCUCAACAAAGCAUCUCAAUCAAAACAAUUACGUGAAGAAGCCAUCGAGUUGUUGAAUAUGAUGGGUCUGAAACGAUGUCGCAUUGCGUAUACACAACUCAACACAGAGUCAAACCACCAACAUCACUCACAAAAGAUGAUUUGGCCAUUAGUACAAUGCAUUUGGUUGAUCUAA